AUGCCGUUCCUUUUUUGGCGAGGACGCUGUCGGUCUAUGCUGUGGUCAUGCAACUCGGACAUGCUCGCCUUGCUCAAAGACAGAGUGCUGUCCGGACGCCAGUCCCACAUUCGGUCCGAUCGUCGAGCUCCCAUGCCUCUGCGGUUCAGCACAGUGCGAUACAGUACCAUUCGACGCACGUUGGACGAGAUCUUUGCCUCUUGCUUGCGCUGGAGAUCAGAUGCAUGA